CAACGACGACGACGACGACGACGACGACGCUGAAGCAGUGAAGGGUACCAAGAACGGAAGGCACGGCCGUGGCGCUAUGCGGGCGUAGGCGAGGUUCCGUGACGGCCGUUCGGUGGCGCAGCAGGAAUUCCCCAGCACGGGAGGCGCGUACCGGGUUGGUCGAUUAGGUGGUAUGUGUGUGGCUCUCUCCCUCUCUGUCCAUCGGUCGGUCCGGUCGUCGGACCGUCUUUCUCUGUCUCUCUCUCUAGCACGCUCUUUCUCCUCCCUGGUACUCCCUAUCGGUGGACGCGCGGGCGCGCGCUUGCGCCUGUGUGCGCGUCGUGCGCGUAUCUGCCCCGAGUCCGCGCCUCGACUUGCUGACAUGGCGUCCUAGCGCUGCACGGGCCAAGUCGCACGUCCUCGGUGGAGAGGCUCUCAACCCCGUCGUCGUCGUCGUCGUCGUCGUCGUCAUCGCUGCCGUCGUCGUCGAAUCGAGUGCAUCUCGAGGAUGCCAAGGUCGCGAGGGGAUACGGCAUGAUAUAUCGUGGCCGAUGAAGAAGAGAAUACGAAUACGAGUGAGAGAAAGAGCGAGUGGCUUCGUCGAGGAAGGCGAGAAGAAUCGACGACGAGGCGGCAGCAGCAGCAGCAGCAGCAACAGCAGCAGCAGCAGCAGUAGCAGCAGCAGCAGCAGCAGCAGCAGCAGCGACACAAGCAACAAAAUCAACACCAGGUCUGAUGUUAGCGGAUAUUAACGGUAACCUGGCGGACCUGAGAAGCGAAGCGAUGGCGUCGCAGAGAUUUUGUCUGCGUUGGAACAACCAUCAGAGUAAUUUACUCUCCGUUUUUGAUCAAUUGCUUCAUGACGAAUCAUUCGUGGACGUUACACUGGCCGUCGAGGGUCAGCUGCUUAGGGCGCAUAAAAUGGUCUUAUCGGCGUGCAGUCCUUACUUUCAGGCCCUAUUCGUUGGUCAUCCCGACAAGCACCCGAUAGUCAUUCUCAAGGACGUUCCAUAUGUGGACAUGCGAAGUCUUCUAGACUUCAUGUAUCGUGGUGAAGUGAGCGUCGAUCAGGAUAGAUUAACCGCCUUUCUGAGGGUCGCUGAGUCUCUAAGGAUAAAGGGCCUGACCGAAGUGAACGAGGACAAGUGCGAUUUGCCCAGCAUCACGUCAUCACUUCUUGGCAAUCAAAACACAAUACCUCCUCCACCUCCGAACCUUCACCGAAUAAACCAAAUCGGACCUCAUCAUCAUGUAUCCCAAAAAAGGUUCCAUCAUAUGUCGAAUCAUCCGCUUCUUGGUUCAGCGUUAACAGCGCCAAAGAGGAAAAGGGGUAGGCCGAGGAAGUUGAGCGGCUCCUCGGACACGCCAAUUGGCGAGGCUAGUACCGGGCAAGACCUACAAUCUUGCUCGAGUACCGACCUCGUACAAGGUUCACCCGAGAUGAUGGAGAUGAAGAUGGGCAUCGAUUUCCAGAGUGAGACAACUGGCAAUAAUAGGAGUGGUUCUUCGACCGGUAGUAACAAUGUCAACAGCAACAACAUCGGUAAUUCGGCCUCGGCGUCGGCCAAUUUGGCUGCCAGUUCGUUGUCAUCUGCGAGAAAGGAUGAACCAACAGAAAAUGGUACAGAGACUCAUGAAUCGUUAACGCCUAGAGUUAAAAGAGAACCAGAACCAACGCCCAGUACUUCUGCGCAAGCCUCAGAAGAAACCUUCGCGCGGCCGCAUAGUAGACAAGGGAGCGAAAGUUUCAAACAAGACUCGGAGGAAACGUCGAGUGGCUGUGGUUCGCAAUCGCCGACGCAUAUACGCAUCAACUUUGAAAAGUGCUUUCGCAAGGAGUACAGCGCGUCGAGUCUACAGGGCAAAUCGGCUACGUCUGCGGCGGCGGCAGCGGCGGGGGAGGAUCCCCAACAUUCCGACUCGGAGUCGGAGCAGAAAAUGUCGAAAGACAAUCUGAGCAGUGCCAUAUUUAAUCUGGUCGCCGGCGAGUCGGAGAUCAGUCAGAGCGACUUCGAGGGUUCGUUUAAGGUCGAAAACGAGAGGACGGAGGGCUCGGUGCGAGACUUUUGCGUUAAAGAGGGCGACGUUUAUCGGUGCACCGUAUGUCAUCGUACCUACACACACAUCAGCAACUUUUGCCGGCACUACGUCACCUCGCACAAGCCUAACGUCAAGUACUAUCCAUGUCCGGUCUGCUUCAAGGAGUUUACAAGAAAGGACAACAUGGUCGCCCACGUUAAGAUCAUUCAUAGUCUUAAGCCGCAUAUGAAUGUCAGUAACAGUGGCAGUAGUAGCAUGGGUCAACAACGGUAGGCCGCUACCAAAAAUGGCCAUGAUUCGGAAAUCGUUCAUUGCGAUCAUCCGCUGUUGCCUCCUCUCUGCGAGCUGCCGCACCGUAAAGUAAUCGGCAUCAUCGAAUAUGCAAUAACAAGAGGAUAAGGAAUAAGAAAAUGAAGAUGAGAAUAACGGAGUCGCAGAGAGGAGGCAGAAUGCGAUCAUUAAAAUCGCUUCUGCUGACACGAGAAAUAAUCUUUAACGGAAAGAAGACCUAUGUUCUCGUGAGGUUAGAUCGAUCGAAAGAUUCUGGUAAUAGGGAUUCGGAAAAAGAAGAGUUAUGCUUAAUUGUUUCACGAGAGUGACGCAAGAGACGAGGAGAUGAAUAUUUAAAGAAUAAUUAUGGCUGCCUUGGACGAAAUUAUAUGGUUCGAAAGCAAAUCCUUUCUAGCAUGAUUUUAGUUGAGGUUUAUAGCUUUCUUCGGCUCAGAUUUAUCAUCGAGUCAAAGGUGUAACGAAGAGAACAGAUCGUAUAUAACGAGAUCGAAGGGCUCUACUUUCUUCGAUGAUGGUGGGAGAGAAGGAAGAGAAAUAUCGAGCACGCGUGGAACAUUUAAAGUUACAAAACGAACGAGCUUUACCGCAUACCUCCCUCAUAGGAGGGAUUUAGCGGAUUAUACACAGAUGAUUAUAUGAAUUUAACAAAGAAAAUUUAUUAUUAUAUUAAAAUAACAACCGUUCGACUCAUGGCGUCGCGUCGACGUACAGUUACGCGUUGUUCUGCGACGGCCAGAGAAUGCGGUUAUAAAAUACGAACUGGGGAUUAGGGGGGUGGGGGGAAUAAGUGUUGUAAAAAAAUCCAAAAGAAACAAAAAAGAUGUGACAAGGAAGAAAAUACUAAUCACAGAAAGAGAGUAUAUUUACUAUUUGAGAGACUUAGUAUAAAAAUAAUAAUUACGCAAAAAGAAAAUCAAACGUGUUGUACGUGUAGUAGUUGAUACGUUUCUAAAAGAAUGAUAGCAUGCGCUUAAGACGAGGUUAUAUAUAAAACACGAUCGUUUUGGAUGCAUAAGUACGCGAUUAUAAGUAAAUAAGGGAACCACGUAGACUGAGUAAAUGCAAUAUUACGUACGACGACCGUUUGCCGCCAUGUUGUUGAGCCGUUUCCAGAUGAGCUUCUUCGAAAAGCUCGGUUUAUCGCGGUUUAUCGUUAGUAGCGCACGUAAUUCUUAUCGAUGAUAAAAUAUAGACAGGAAUAGAGAGGAACUGGGGCAGGAGGGUAAGGGAGUUGUGAAGUGAGCUAUAAACAUUGUUACGCGAUAAGAUGUGUGACGUGUAUAUUAAGAGGGGGUGAGGUUUUUGGGAGGGGUGUUAAAAGGCAGAAGGAGAUGUCGAACGAAAAAUUUUUUGAGCGGGGCAUGCAAUUUUUUUGAAAGACUGUAGAGGGACGAUUUUAACGACACCAAAUACAAGAUAGUACUGACAUUGGAUAGACUGAAGGCACUUUAGUAGUAACUUAACGCCGUGCCAUGCUGUAUCGUACCCGAUCGAGCUAAGCACGUCGUCUGCACGUCGUCUGCACGUCGUCUGCACGUCGUCUGCACGUCGUCGAUGUCGUCGUCGUCGUCGUCGUCGUCGUCGCCGUCGUCGUCGUCGUCGUCGUCGUCGUCGUCGUCGUCGUCGUCGUCGUCGUCGUCGUCGUCGUCGUCGUCGUCGUCGAUUGAUCUUUACGAACUCUGUGCGCGUCUCAGGGCAAGUUAUUAAGAUUUAAGUACAACCGCGCACGCGUGUGUAUGUGUGUGUGUGUGCGUGGCAUUCCUGUCCUCGUUGCGCUUAUAUCUUCUUAAAAUAGGGGUUGGUUGGGGGUGGGAAGGGAGCUUGGAAACAAAAAGGAAAGAUGUAGUAGAUGGAAUUGAAGAGAUAUCAAGAAAGGAAACAAAAUUUACUAGUCUUUCUAUAGAAAAUUUAAGAAAGAUCGCUUACAGAAAAUAAAAUAAAACAAUCAAUGACUGUA